AUGGGGUACCACACUGCCAGCUUGUGGGUGCUAUGGUUGGCUUUGGGCCUCUCUGAUGCUGUAGAUGUGAGAACAGGUCGAAUCCGUAAUCAUGGUCACUACGUCUGCAGUACCUGGGGAAACCAUCAUUUCAAAACCUUUGAUGGGGAUUUCUACCAGUUUCCUGGCAGCUGUAGCUACAAUUUGGCCUCAGACUGUGGAGAGUCCUAUCAGGAGUUCUCUGUCCACGUCCACCGGUCCAUGGUCAGUGGUCACCCCCAUAUAGACAAGAUCACCGUCGCAAUCAAAGAUGUCAUCAUUCAGCUGAAAAGUAGCAUCGUGAUAGUGAACGGAGCCAUAGCUAAGACACCUUACUACAGCUUUGGAAUCCUGAUUCAUAAAAACGAUGCCUAUUUUAAGUUGUACACAAAGACGGGCUUGACCCUCAUGUGGAAUAAAGAAGAUGCUGUCAUGCUGGAACUGGAUCCAAAGUUUAAUAACCGUACCUGCGGUCUGUGUGGUGAUUACAAUGGUGUCCCUCUUUAUAAUGAAUUUGUAUCUGGGAGUAUUAUACUGAACCCAAUACAAUUUGGAAAUUUGCAAAACAUUCAUGACCCAAAUGAUGAGUGCACAGACAAAGAUGAGACUCAGAAAACAGACACAGCGCAAUGUUCCCAAUUCCGCUCUGUGUGUGAACAGCACCUGAGACAUGAGGCAUUCUCAGACUGUGAAAGUCUCCUGAACCUGGAAAACUACAUCCAGGCCUGCAUGCUGGACAUGUGCUCCUGUGAUCACUCUCAAGACUCCUUCUGCUUGUGUAGCACCAUCACUGAGUAUUCCCGACAAUGCUCUCACGCUGGAGGACGUCCGGGAAACUGGAGAACUGAUAACUUCUGUCCUAAACAAUGUCCUGCAAAUAUGAUUUAUCAAGAAAGUGCCUCGCCUUGCAAGAACUCGUGCUCCCACCUAGAAAUACACAGCUUGUGUGAGGAGCAUUACAUGGAUGGCUGCUUCUGUCCUGAAGGCACUGUACAGGAUGAUUAUACCAACAGGGGCUGUGUACCGGUCAGCCAGUGUCACUGCAAGCAUCGAGAUACUUUAUAUGCGCCCGGAGAAACCAUGGAAAACGACUGCGAUGAAUGCCACUGUGUAGCAGGAAAAUGGAGUUGUACAGAUCGGUCCUGCCCAGGAGUUUGCGCCAUUGAAGGUGGAGCACAUUUCACCACUUUUGAUAAGAAGGCCUACACUUUUCAUGGGAACUGUUACUAUGUGUUAUCUAAGGGCAAUUCAAAUGAAUCACAUGUAAUAUUAGGUGAACUGACACCCUGUAGUUCUUCCGAGAGAGAAACCUGUCUUAAAUCUGUUGUAUUCCUGACAGACAACAAGAACAAUGUUGUGAUCAUCAAAGCAGAUGGCACAGUGCUAUUCAAUGAGCUUAAAAUAACCUUGCCUCAUCUAACAGCCAGUUUUUCAGUCCUGCAGCCGUUUGAAAACUAUAUCAUUCUUCAAGCUAUAAAUGGCCUCAAAAUGCAGAUUCAGCUGUCUCCGACAAUGCAGUUAUACCUUACAAUGGAGAAAUUCGCCAAAGGACAACUGCAAGGUCUUUGUGGAGACUUUAACUCUAAGGAAGGAGAUGACUUUAAAACAUCUGGAGGUCUUGUGGAAGCCACAGCAUCAGCCUUUGUCAACACGUGGAAGGCCCAGGCCAGUUGCCAUGACAUAUCUGACUGGUUGGAGGAUCCGUGCAGCCUCAGCAUUGAGAACAAAAAUUACGCAGAAUAUUGGUGCUCUAACUUGGAAAGGGAGGAGUCUGCUUUUGCCAAGUGUCAUUCCACAAUAGAUCCUACUGAAUAUGUAAAGAGAUGUCGCUAUGACUCAUGUAACUGUAAGGACAGUGAGCACUGUAUGUGUGCAGCUCUCUCCUCCUACGUCAGAGCCUGUGCCGCGAAAGGGAUCAUUCUCUGGGGAUGGAAGAAAGGGAUCUGUGACAAGGACAUUCAUUCUUGUCCAUCUACCCAAGUUUAUCUGUACAACUUGACUACAUGCCAACCAACCUGCCAAUCCCUGGCAGAGGGCGAGAAGUCUUGUCACACUGUCUUUACACCAGUAGAUGGCUGUGGGUGUCCAGACGGACAGUAUUUGAAUGAAAAGGACCAUUGUGUAGAUGUAGCUAAAUGUUCCUGCUAUUACCAAGGCACAUAUGUUCAGCCAUUAGAUGUUAUCUACAAGCACGAUGAGCGCUGCUCCUGCCAUCAUGGAAAACUUCUCUGCACCACACCAGUCAAUGAAACUUGUCCUGCUGGAAAAGUCUACUUUGACUGUAACAAGGCCUACUCAGGGGUUUCACGAUCUACAGUACAUAGAAGCUGCAAGACUCUGGGAGUUGAAUACUUCCAGACAGAGUGUAUCUCAGGAUGUGUUUGCCCCAAUGGACUUCUAGAUGAUGGAGCUGGAGGCUGCGUCCCUGAAGACAGGUGUCCUUGUGUCCAUAAUGAAGACAUUUAUCCCCAUGGAUCCAAAGUGAAAGUUGACUGCAAUACAUGCUCAUGUCAGAGAGGAAGAUGGACGUGUACUAAUGCUAUCUGCUAUGGAACAUGUAUAAUCUAUGGAAAUGGUCAUUAUAUCACAUUUGACGACAAAUUUUAUGACUUCGAUGGAAACUGUGAAUUUGUUGCUGCCCAGGAUUACUGUGGCCCCAACCACUCUGCAGGCAACUUCAGCAUCAUCAUAGAGAACAUCCCAUGUGGCACCACCGGCGUUACUUGUUCCAAGUCUAUAAAAGUCUUCCUAGGAAAAACUGUACUGAAGUUAGCAGACAAGCACAUAGAGGAAACAACAGGUGAAGGUGUGAAGCGUGUGACAUACCUGACCCGGGAAGUGGGGAUUUACAUGGUCAUUGAAGCAAGCAACGGAAUUCUUUUGAUUUGGGAUAGAAAAACAACUAUUUUCAUUAAGGUGUCACCAGCAUACAAGGGAAAACUUUGUGGCUUAUGUGGAAAUUUUGAUGACAACUCACAAAACGACUUUAAAACCAGUCAUAUGUUACAAGUCAAUGAUGUGCUGGAGUUUGGAAACAGCUGGAAGUUGGAUGCCUCCUGUCCUGAGGCAACCGAAAUCAUCAAUCCCUGUAGCAAAAACCCACAUCGCCACUCCUGGUCAGAAAAACAGUGCGGACUUAUCAAAAGCCAAGUAUUCAAAGUCUGUCAUAGCAAGGUUGAUCCAAUACCAUUUUAUGAGGCCUGUGUAAAUGAUGCCUGCUCAUGUGACAGUGGUGGAGACUGUGAAUGCUUCUGUACCGCAGUCGCUGCCUAUGCUCAAGAGUGUACCAAAGCAGAAGCCUGUGUCUACUGGAGAACACCAGACAUAUGCCCCAUAUUUUGUGACUAUUACAAUCCUGAGGAUGAAUGUGAAUGGCAUUAUCACCCAUGCGGCAAUCACGAAAUUCAGACAUGUCGUUCCAUUAAUAACGUCUACACAAAUGUCACCAUUACUUAUCUGGAAGGUUGUUACCCUAGUUGUCCACAGGACCGGCCUAUAUUUGAUGAGUCAAACAGAAUAUGCGUAACCAAGGAGGACUGUGGCUGUUACAUUAACAAUACUCACUAUGACAAGGAUAAUCCUGUGCCUACUACUAUACCUUGUACUUCUUGUGUCUGCACCUCUGAAUCAAAGGUCGAGUGUUUUUACAAUCAAUCAGCAUGUUUCUGUAUGAUCAAUGGGACAAGAUAUGAAGAAGGUGAAAUCAUAUCUGCAGAAGAACAGUCUGGAGUUUGCAUUGAAAGACGAUGUGAAAAUGGGAAUGUUACAGUAAAUGUUACAGUCUGUACUACUACAGCACCUACUACAACAUCAAUCACUACUGUUACUACUACUCCUACUGUAUCCACCACAACAGUCACAACUCCUGUGACAACAACAAGCCCUCCAUCUACAACUUGUGUUCUUCAAGAAGUUUGCCUUUGGACCGAAUGGUUUGAUGUCAGCAAGCCAAAAGAUGAUGUUGGUAGCGGUGAUUAUGAAACAUAUGACGAGAUAAGAAAGCAUCACAAAUUCUGUGACGUCCCAGAGAAAAUUCAAUGCAGAGCAGCAAAUGCUCCUGAUGUCAGCUUAGAUGAAUUGAAUCAGGUUGUAUAUUGCAAUGUAUCAUAUGGACUCAUUUGUAGGAACAGUGAGCAGAGCACAGGGAGCAGCCUUUGGCAAAAGUGCUUCAAUUAUGAGAUCAGCGUAUACUGUUGCAGCAUUGAUUGUGUUCAUUCCACAACGCCAGCUACCACAACAUUCACUACCACUACUACUACAACGACAACUUCACCAACGACAACUCCACCAACAACUUCACCAACGACAACUCCGCCAUCAACAACUUCACCAACGACAACUCCACCAACAACAACGUCACCUACGACAACUCCACCAACAACAAUGUCACCUACGACAACUCCACCAACAACAACGUCACCUACGACAACAACAUCUACAACUCCAGAGCCCACAUCAACUUCAACAAAGACCACAACUACUAGCCCCACUACUACCAGUGUGACCACAACUUUGCCAACAACAGUCACCACCACAGAGUGUACAACUGAAGAAACUGAAGAGACAACUCCAACUCCAACACCAACAAAUCCUGGCCCCUGUGAUCCUGAUUGCAAGUGGUCACAAUGGUUUGAUGUGAGUUAUCCUAAAUAUGAACCCAAUGGAGGAGAUUUUGAGACCUAUGAGAACAUCACAAAUGCUGGACAUGAAGUGUGUAAGGAGUAUGAGACCAGAAACAUUUCCUGCAGAGCACAGAAAUUCCCAGAUAUGACACUUGACCAGCUGGGACAGACAUUGACCUGUGAUGUCUCCACUGGCCUAAUCUGUUACAACAAAGAUCAAACAGGGUUCAUGCCUGUGUGCUACAACUAUGAGAUCAGUGUAUACUGCUGCCGACCUUUACCUGAAUAUUGUGAAAGUACAACCUCUAAAACCACUACCACAACUACAACUACUACUCAAAGUACUACUACUAAAAUCACAACUACCACAGAGACAUUAAGUCCUACCACUACAGCACCAACAACCACAACAACUGAAAGUACAACUCCCACCACUACAGAGACCACAACAUCUGUAACUACAACACCAACAACUACAACAACUGAAAGUACAACUCCUACCACUACAGAGACCACAACAACAUCUGAAACCACAACACCAACACCCACAACAACUGAAAGUACAACUUCCACCACUACAGAGACCACAACAUCUGUAACUACAACACCAACAACCACAACAACUGAAAGUACAACUCCUACCACUACAGAGACCACAACAACAUCUGAAACCACAACACCAACAACCACAACAACUGAAAGUACAACUUCCACCACUACAGAGACCACAACAUCUGUAACUACAACACCAACAACCACAACAACUGAAAGUACAACUCCUACCACUACAGAGACCACAACAACAUCUGAAACCACAACACCAACAACCACAACAACUGAAAGUACAACGACUACAAAGUUCACUACAACUUCAGACUCUGCUUCUAAACACACAGAGCCUACAACUCCAACCCCCAGCGUAACUACAACAAAGAGCACAACUACAAGCCCCACUACAACCAGUGUGACCACAACUUUACCAACAACAGUCACCACCACAGAGUGUACAACUGAAGAAACUGAAGAGACAACUCCAACGUCACGUCCAAGUACCGUAACUCCUAACUGUGAUCCUUUCUGCACAUGGUCACAAUGGUUUGAUGUGAGUACUCCUAAAUAUGAACCCAAUGGAGGAGAUUUUGAGACAUAUGAGAGCAUUAAGAAUGCUGGAUUUGAAGUGUGUGAAGGAGACAUGAGACCAGAGAACAUUUCCUGCAGAGCAACAAAAUACCCAGAUAAGCCAAUACAACAAUUGGGACAGAUGGUGACCUGUGAUGUCUCCAUUGGGCUCAUCUGUAACAACAAAGAUCUUAUAGGAUACAAGCCAGUGUGCUACAACUAUGAGAUCAGUGUGUACUGCUGCCGACCUCUACCUGAUUUCUGUACAACUACAACCUCUACAACUACAACAUCAACAACCACCUCUGAGACUACAACUACAACAAGUACAUCACCAACAACCACCUCUGAGACUACAACUACAACAAGUACAUCACCAACAACCACCUCUGAGACUACAACUACAACAAGUACAUCACCAACAACCACCUCUGAGACCACAACUACUCCUUUCAUUACAAGUACUCCAGAGCCUCCAACACCAACCAUUACAAAGACCACAACGACUACAUCAGUAACCACAACUUCAAGUCCAACAACUACUACAGAGACCACACCAACUCAAAGUACGAGCACAUCACCAACAACUACCACCUCACAGUCUACAAACACUCCUAUCAUUACAUCUACUCCAGAGCCUUCGACUCCAACUAUUACAAAGACCACAACAACUACAUCGGUGACAACAUCUUCACCAACUCCUAACUGUGAUCCUGUUUGCAAGUGGUCACAAUGGUUUGAUGUGAGUACUCCUAAAUAUGAACCCAAUGGAGGAGAUUUUGAGACAUAUAAGAACAUUGAGAAUGCUGGAUUUGAAGUGUGUGAGGGUGAUAUGAGACCAGAGAACAUUUCCUGCAGAGCAACGAAAUACCCAGAUAAGCCAUUACACCAGCUGGGACAGAUGGUGACCUGUGAUGUCUCCAUUGGGCUCAUCUGUAACAAUAACGAUCUUAUAGGAUACAAGCCUGUGUGCUACAACUAUGAGAUCAGUGUGUACUGCUGCCAACCUCUACCUGAUUUCUGUACAACUACAACCUAUACAACUACUGCAACAACUACCACCAACUCUGAGACGACAACUACAUCACCAACAACCACAACUCCAACAACUACAACUACUUCUCCAACAACCACCACCUCUGAGUGGACAACCACAUCACCAACAACCACCACCUCUGAGACUACAACUACAUCACCAACAACCACAAGUACAGCAACUUCAACUACUUCACCAACAACCACUACCUCUGAGUGGACAACUACAUCACCAACAACCACCACCUCUGAGACGACAACUACAUCACCAACAACCACAACUACAGCAACUUCAACUAAUUCACCAACAACCCACAGUUCUGAGUGGACAACUACAUCACCAACAACCACCACCUCUGAGAUUACAACUCCAUCACCAACAACCACCACCUCUGAGUGGACAACUACAUCACCAACAACCACCACCUCUGAGACGACAACUACAUCACCAACAACCACAACUACAUCAACUUCAACUAAUUCACCAACAACCCACAGUUCUGAGUGGACAACUACAUCACCAACAACCACCACCUCUGAGACUACAACUCCAUCACCAACAACCACCACCUCUGAGUGGACAACUACAUCACCAACAACCACCACCUCUGAGACGACAACCACAUCACCAACAACCACAACUACAGCAACUUCAACUAAUUCACCAACAACCCACAGUUCUGAGUGGACAACUACAUCACCAACAACCACCACCUCUGAGACUACAACUCCAUCACCAACAACCACCACCUCUGAGUGGACAACUACAUCACCAACAACCACCACCUCUGAGACGACAACUACAUCACCAACAACCACAACUACAGCAACUUCAACUAAUUCACCAACAACCCACAGCUCUGAGUGGACAACUACAUCACCAACAACCACCACCUCUGAGACUACAACUCCAUCACCAACAACCACCACCUCUGAGUGGACAACUACAUCACCAACAACCACCACCUCUGAAACUACAACUACAUCAUCAACAACCACCACCUCUGAGACGACAACUACAUCACCAGCAACCACCACCUCUGAGACCACAACUACUUCUGUCAUCACGAGUAUUUGUGUUCCUGAUUGCAAGUGGUCACCGUGGUUUGAUGUGAGUUAUCCAAAAUAUGAACCCAAUGGAGGAGAUUUUGAGACCUAUAAGAACAUCACAAAUGCUGGAUUAGAAGUGUGUGAGGGUGAUAUGAGACCAGAGGACAUUUCCUGCAGAGCACAGAAAUUCCCAGAUAUGACACUAGACCAGCUGGGACAGACAUUGACCUGUAAUGUCUCCACUGGCCUCAUCUGUUACAACAAAGAUCAAACAGGGUUCAUGCCUGUGUGCUACAACUAUGAGAUCAGUGUGUACUGCUGCCGACCUCUACCUGGUUUCUGUACAUCUCCAACCACCACUACUACAACUACAACCUCAGACUCUGCUUCUAAAAACACAGAGCCUACAACUCCAACCCCCAGUGUGACUACAACAAAGAGCACAACUACAAGCCCCACUACAACUAGUGUGACCACAACUUUACCAACACCAGUCACCACCACAGAUAUAGUUACUUCUAUAACUCCUAACUGUGAUCCUUCCUGCACAUGGUCACCGUGGUUUGAUGUGAGUUAUCCUAAAUAUGAACCCAAUGGAGGAGAUUUUGAGACAUAUGAGAACAUCACAAAUGCUGGAUUAGAAGUGUGUGAGGGUGAUAUGAGACCAGAAAACAUUUCCUGCAGAGCACAGAAAUUCCCAGAUAUGACACUAGACCAGCUGGGACAGACAUUGGCCUGUGAUGUCUCCACUGGCCUAAUCUGUUACAACAAAGAUCAAACAGGGUUCAUGCCUGUGUGCUACAACUAUGAGAUCAGUGUGUACUGCUGCCGACCUUUACCUGAAGAAUGCUUUACAACAACCUCUAAAACCACUACUACAACUACAUCACCAACAACUACCACCUCUGAAACUACAACUACAUCACCAACAACCACCACUUCUGAAACUACAACUACAUCACCAACAACCACCACCUCUGAAACUACAACUCCAUCAUCAACUACCACCACCUCUGAGACUACAACUACAUCACCAACGACCACCACCUCUGAGACUACAACUACAUCACCAACGACCACCACCUCUGAGACUACAACUACAUCACCAACGACUACCACCUCUGAAACUACAACUCCAUCACCAACAACCACCACCUCUGAGACUACAACUACUUCUGUCAUCACAAGUACUCCAGAACCUCCAACACCAACCACUUCAACUGCUACAACUACUCCUAACUGUGAUCCUGUUUGCAAGUGGUCACAAUGGUUUGAUGUGAGUACUCCUAAAUAUGAACCCAAUGGAGGAGAUUAUGAGACUUAUGAGAACAUUGAGAAUGCUGGAUUUGAAGUGUGUGAGGGUGAUAUGAAACCAGAGAACAUUUCCUGCAGAGCAACGAAAUACCCAGAUAAGCCAUUAUACCAGUUGGGACAGAUGGUGACCUGUGAUGUCUCCAUUGGGCUCAUCUGUUACAACAAAGAUCUUAUAGGAUACAAGCCAGUGUGCUACAACUAUGAGAUCAGUGUGUACUGCUGCCGGCCUUUACCUGACUAUUGCCCAACUACACCUUAUACAACUACUUCAACUACAUCACCAACAACAUCUGAGACUACAACUUCUAGAACUCCAUCACCAACGACCACCACCACUGAGACGACAACUACAUCACCAACGACCACCUCUGAGACUACAACUACUUCACCAACAACUACCACCUCUGAGACUACAACUACUUCACCAACAACCUGUGAUCCUGUUUGCAAGUGGUCACAAUGGUUUGAUGUGAGUACUCCUAAAUAUGAACCCAAUGGAGGAGAUUAUGAGACAUAUGAGAACAUUGAGAAUGCUGGAUUUGAAGUGUGUGAGGGUGAUAUGAAACCAGAGAACAUUUCCUGCAGAGCAACAAAAUACCCAGAUAAGCCAUUAUACCAGUUGGGACAGAUGGUGACCUGUGAUGUCUCCAUUGGGCUCAUCUGUAACAACAAAGAUCUUAUAGGAUACAAGCCAGUGUGCUACAACUAUGAGAUCAGUGUGUACUGUUGCCGGCCUUUACCUGACUAUUGCCCAACUACACCUUAUACAACUACUACAACUACAACAACUACAUCACCAACAACAUCUGAGACUACAACUUCUAGAACUCCAUCACCAACGACCACCACCACUGAGACGACAACUACAUCACCAACUACCACCUCUGAGACUACAACUUCUAGAACUCCAUCACCAACGACCACCACCACUGAGACGACAACUACAUCACCAACUACCACCUCUGAGACUACAACUACUUCACCAACAACCACCACCUCUGAGACUACAACUUCAUCACCAACAACCACCACCUCUGAGACUACAACUACUUCACCAACCACCACCACCUCUGAGACUACAACUCUUUCACCAACAACUACUACCUCUGAGACUACAACUUCAUCACCAACAACCACCACCUCUGAGACUACAACUACUUCACCAACAACCACCACCACUGAGAGUACAACUACUUCUGUCAUCACAAGUACUCCAGAAUCUCCAACAUCAACCACUUCGACUGCUACAACUACAUCAGUGACCGCAUCUUCAACAACUCCUAACUGUGAUCCUGUUUGCAAGUGGUCACAAUGGUUUGAUGUGAGUACUCCUAAAUAUGAACCCAAUGGAGGAGAUUAUGAGACAUAUGAGAACAUCAAGAAUGCUGGAUUUGAAGUGUGUGAGGGUGAUAUGAAACCAGAGAACAUUUCCUGCAGAGCAACAAAAUACCCAGAUAAGCCAUUAUACCAGUUGGGACAGAUGGUGACCUGUGAUGUCUCCAUUGGGCUCAUCUGUAGCAACAAAGAUCUUAUAGGAUACAAGCCAGUGUGCUACAACUAUGAGAUCAGUGUGUACUGCUGCCGGCCUUUACAUGAUGAUUGCCUAACUACAACUUAUGCAACUACUACAACUACAACAACUACAUCACCAACAACAUCUGAGACUACAACUUCUAGAACUACAUCACCAACGACCACCACCACUGAGACGACAACUACAUCACCAAUAACUACCACCUCUGAAACUACAACUACUUCACCAACUACCACCACCUCUGAGACUACAACUACUUCACCAACAACCACCACCUCUGAGACUACAACUACUUCACCAACAACCACCACCUCUGAGACUACAACUUCAUCACCAACAACCACCACCUCUGAGACUACAACUACUUCACCAACAACCACCACCUCUGAGACUACAACUCUUUCACCAACAACCACCACCUCUGAGACUACAACUUCAUCACCAGCAACCACCACCACCACUGAGAGUACAACUACUUCUGUCAUCCCAAGUACUCCAGAACCUCAAACAUCAACCACUUUGACUGCUACAACUACAUCAGUGACCACAUCUUCAACAACUCCUAACUGUGAUCCUGUUUGCAAGUGGUCACAAUGGUUUGAUGUGAGUACUCCUAAAUAUGAACCCAAUGGAGGAGAUUAUGAGACAUAUGAGAACAUUGAGAAUGCUGGAUUUGAAGUGUGUGAGGGUGAUAUGAAACCAGAGAACAUUUCCUGCAGAGCAACAAAAUACCCAGAUAAGCCAUUAUACCAGUUGGGACAGAUGGUGACCUGUGAUGUCUCCAUUGGGCUCAUCUGUAACAACAAAGAUCUUAUAGGAUACAAGCCAGUGUGCUACAACUAUGAGAUCAGUGUGUACUGCUGCCGGCCUUUACCUGACUAUUGCCCAACUACACCUUAUACAACUACUACAACUACAACAACUACAUCACCAACAACAUCUGAGACUACAACUUCUAGAACUCCAUCACCAACGACCACCACCUCUGAGACUACAACUACUUCACCAACAACCACCACCUCUGAGACUACAACUUCAUCACCAACAACCACCACCUCUGAGACUACAACUUCAUCACCAACAACCACCACCUCUGAGACUACAACUUCAUCACCAACAACCACCACCUCUGUGAUUACAACUAUAUCACCAUCAACCACCACUACAACUUCUACAACGACCAGAACUCCAACGCAUAGCGUCGAAAUCAGAACACCGCCACUUACAACGUUGUCCACACCAUCUAACGAAACCCUAUACGAACCAACUACGAUUAGUCCAACAACCACAAACUUUUCUACUAGUUCUGUUACAACUCCAGAAACCACCACCACUUCUCAGACGACCAUCAUGUCUUCCACACCAUGUGUCUGCUUGUACCAUGGGACACCAUAUCCACCAGAUCAAACAAUAACUACUGGUUUUAUAAAUGAAACUUGUUACGAAGUCAUUUGCACUAAAGAAUGCGUGCUACGAGUUAAUCACUGGAAUUGCAACUCCACCAGCACACCAACACAGACUACUACUACAACGCCCACCACCACAAGUCCUUCAACACCACCACAAAGCAGCACCAUACCACCGGAAAUCAUAACCAACACUACAACUACUACCAGCACACCAACACAGACUUCUACUACAACGCCAACCACAACAUCAACAACAAAGUCCACAACUACAACAUCUAUGGUCAUGUCAACAAGUAAAAAACCUGGUUGUCCAUUUGACCCAUAUCGCGAGCAUAAUGAAACCUGGAUGCUGUGUAACUGCACUAUGGCUAGGUGUCUGGAAAACAACACAGUAGAGAUCAUUGAACUCAAGUGUGAACCACCACCUAAGAUCACAUGUGCUAAUGGUCUUCAACCCAUAGCUGUACCAGAUGAAGACCUCUGCUGCUGGCACUGGGAGUGUGAUUGUGUGUGCAAUGGCUGGGGAGACCCCCAUUAUAUCACAUUUGAUGGGACCUAUUAUAGUUUCCAAGGCAACUGCACCUAUACCUUAGUGGAGGAAAUUGAAAAGAAGAUUGACAACUUUGGAGUAUACAUUGAUAACUAUGAUUGCGGAGCACAAGACCGAGUCUCUUGCCCUCGUGAUAUCAUUGUCCAGCAUGAAUCGCAGAUAAUACGCAUUAAAGCAAAAAGCUUGAUACCAAUAAGCUUACAGGUUCUCAUAAAUGAUGAAAUAGUUGGAUUACCUUAUAAGAAAUAUGGAGUUAAAGUGUAUAAAUCUGGCAUUAAUUAUGUUGUGGAAAUACCAGAAUUGGAGACCAAUAUCACAUACAAUGGUUUGUCUUUCUCGGUUAAAUUGCCAUAUAGACUUUUUGGACAUAACACACAAGGGCAGUGCGGUACUUGCACCAACAACAAAACGGAUGACUGCAGGUUGCCUAAUGGUACUAUUAUAUCGAACUGUGAAAUUAUGGCUGAUGCCUGGGUUGUAUCAGAUCCAAGGAAACCAGAAUGUAGUCACUUAAGACCGACAGUACCCCCCAAAGUCACAGUGCGUCCAACCCCCUGCAAACCGUCACCUCUAUGCGACCUCCUUUUGGAAGCACCAUUCAAGGAAUGCCACAAGACCCUGUCACCCAAUGACUUUUACAAAGCUUGCCAGUUUGAUAGCUGCCAUGUUCCAAAUUCCAACAUUGAAUGUACCAGUUUGCAACAAUAUGCUUUCAUCUGUGGAGAUCAAGGUGUUUGCGUUGACUGGAGAUCUCGAGCCCCAGAAUGUCCAUUAUCUUGCCCAUCAUCCAAAGUCUACAAAGCCUGUGGUCCAGUUUUAUCACAAACAUGUGAAACCACUCCAAAAGAAAAUGCUCAGAUUGCAGCAAAUAAUCGCACUGUUGAAGGAUGUUUCUGCCCACCGGGUACAAUACUCUUUAGUCAAGCAGUGGACAUUUGCGUGGAAACUUGUGGAUGUGUUGGAACGGACAACAUACCACGACAAUUUGGGGAACAGUUCCAGCAUAACUGCCAGGACUGCAUUUGCCGAGAAGGUGGUAUUGGAAUCACUUGUCAAGAACAUAAAUGUAAAGAAAUGAAUCAAGUGACCUGUAAUCUGGAAGGUUUCUAUCCAGAGAUCCAGAUCAGUCCCACUGAUAGCUGCUGUAAUGAGACCGUGUGCAAAUGUGACACUAAAUUAUGCUCAACGAAAUCCCCCAACUGUAAGCUUGGCUAUGAAGUGGUUGGAAGCAUUCCAGAUGGACAUUGCUGUCCUGUCUACACAUGCGUUCGUAAGAAUGUCUGUGUGCAUGGAAACGCUGAAUAUUUGCCUGGAGCACCAGUGUUUUCCGACAAAUGCCAGAGCUGUGUGUGUGCAGAGGAUGACCAUAGCCCAACGGGACUAGAGAUAAAAUGCACCCAUGUACCUUGUAACGUAGAGUGCCCGAUCGGCUUUGAGCUGAGACCGAACACAAACGACUGUUGUGGAGUCUGUGAACAAACCCAUUGCGUUAUAAACUAUGGCGGCAGUUACAAACUCAUGAAGCCUGAUACAACUCUAUAUGCUGAAAAUGACAACUGCACCGUGUACAGCUGUGUCGUGUUAAGGAAACAAUUCAUCACAUCCGUCUCAGAAAUCUCAUGCCCUCUUUUUAAUGAGGAUCUAUGUGAACCUGACACCAUUCAGCUUUUACCUAAUGGCUGCUGUAAGAUAUGUAUUGAAAAAACUUCUGGCUGUCACCUGCAAACAAGCUAUGACUAUCUCGUCUACAACAACUGCCGGUCAGAAAAUAGAGUGAGGAUGGCUCGUUGUGAUGGAACAUGUGGAACCUAUUCAUUGUACUCUGCGCAAGCCAAAGCCAUGUCACAUAAAUGUACCUGCUGCCAGGAGGUGCAGACCAGCCAGAAGCACGUCAAGCUCCAAUGUUCUGAUGGCAGUGAGGUAGACCAUGAGUACAUUGAUGUGGAGAAAUGUGACUGCAUGAAUACAGACUGUGGACACGAGAAAACGAGUGCAGAUCAGACUCCUGUCCGUGUGAGACGCUCUGUAAGAAGAAGAGGUCUUAAUUUGCAUUAAGAAGAGCCCAUUUCCAUUUGCAAUGAAGAACGCUAUUAACAACUAAAUAUUUGUCACAUAAUUAAUGUAAUUUUUUUUGUUUUUUUAGCAUGCUG